UAACCUGUAACUAUGGGAAUGGAGGCUGCCAGCACACCUGUGAUGACACAGAUACUGGUCCUGUGUGUGGUUGUCAUCAGAAGUAUGCCCUACAUUCAGAUGGCCGAACCUGCAUUGAGAAGGAUGAGGCUGCAAUUGAGAGUUCUGAGUACAAUGCCACGUCAGUAGCUGAUGUGGACAAGCGGGUGAAACGGCGGCUACUUAUGGAAACAUGUGCUGUCAAUAAUGGAGGCUGUGAUCGGACUUGCAAGGAUACUGCGACAGGGGUACGAUGCAGUUGCCCAGUUGGAUUUACCCUACAGCCUGAUGGGAAAACGUGCAAAGACAUUGAUGAGUGCUUGGUAAACAAUGGUGGCUGUGACCAUUUCUGCCGAAACACAGUUGGCAGCUUUGAGUGCAGCUGCCAGAAAGGCUAUAAACUUCUCACAGAUGAACGGACCUGCCAAGAUAUAGAUGAGUGUUCCUUCGAAAGGACCUGUGAUCACACCUGUAUCAACUACCCUGGAAGCUUUGAAUGUCUCUGCCAUAAAGGCUACACCUUGUACGGAUUGACGCACUGUGGAGAUAUUGAUGAAUGCAGUAUCAGCAAUGGUAGCUGUGACUAUGGGUGUCUUAAUACAAUGGGGAGCUAUGAGUGUGUCUGUCCACCUGGAAAGAAACUGCACUGGAAUAAAAAAGACUGCAUUGAGAUGGUGAAAUGUCUCCCAAAUGCCAAACCAGCUCCCAAGGCUCAGCUAGUGUGUAGUAAGACAGGAGGUAUAGAGAGCUGCUUCCUGUCAUGCCCAUCCAAUACUCUUUUUGUUCCAGAUUCGGAGAACAGCUACACGCUGAGCUGUGGUGUUCCUGUCCAGCAAGGCAAGGCUCAGCAGAAACGCAACGUGACCCUGCCCAGCUGUGCAGAUUCAUUAGCCCCUCCAAUCAAGCAGAAAGCUCGUUUUAAAAUUAAAGAUGCAAAGUGCCAUUUACGGCCUCGCAGCAAAGAAAAAACAAAAGAUUCUGGGAAGCAAGCUGGUUUAGGAGGUCAAUUCCCUUGUACAGACAACUGCCAGGUGACCUUUGUGAAUCUCAAGUGUGAUUCCUCCAAGAAAAAACGCCGAGGCCGCAAGUCACCAUCAAAAGAAGUGUCCCAUAUCACUGCAGAGUUUGAAGUGGAGAUGAAGUCGGAAGAAGUCUCAGACACCUGUAACAUUGACUGUGUUCGGAAAAGGAUGGAGCAGAAGCUGCAAACUGCAAUCAAAACAUUGAGGAAAUCUAUUAAUAAACAGCAAUUUUACAUUCAGUUUUCUGGGACAGAAUAUGAAGUGGCUCAGAAGCCAGCUAAAGCUACUGAAGGGCAUGAAGCUUGCAGUACAGGUCAAGUGCUGCAGGAUGGAAAAUGCGUUACCUGCAGCAUGGGCACCUUUUAUAGCGGAGAACAUAAUCAGUGCAUUCCUUGCUCACCAGGAACAUACCAAGACACAGAAGGUCAACUUAACUGUGAGCCUUGCCCAAGUAAUGAUGGACAGGGAGUGGCGGGCGCCCGGAAUGUGUCAGAAUGUGGAGGGCAGUGUUCUCCUGGACACUAUUCUUCAGAUGGUUUUAAGCCUUGUAGAGUCUGUCCUGUUGGUACAUACCAGCCUGAACCAGGAAGGACCCUCUGCUUUCCAUGUGGCGGUGGGCUUCUGACCAAGUAUGAAGGUGCUGUUUCCUUUCAAGACUGUGAAACCAAAGUUCAUUGUUCUCCUGGACACUAUUACAACUCCACAACACACAGAUGUAUCCGAUGCCCUGUGGGAACAUACCAGCCUGAGUUUGGUCAAAACUACUGCAUCACCUGCCCUGGGAACACAAGUACAGAUUUUGAUGGCUCCACUAACGUUACACACUGCAAAAACCAGCACUGUGGAGGAGAACUUGGGGAUUAUACUGGCUACAUUGAAUCGCCCAACUAUCCUGGAGACUACCCAGCUAAUGUUGAAUGCAUUUGGAAUAUAAAUCCACCCCCAAAGAGGAGAAUACUCAUCGUAGUACCUGAGAUAUUUCUCCCAAUUGAAGAUGAAUGUGGUGAUGUUUUAGUAAUGAGAAAAAGUGCUUCUCCUACUUCAAUUACUACAUAUGAAACGUGUCAGACUUACGAGAGACCUAUUGCAUUUACCUCAAGAUCAAGGAAACUCUGGAUUCAGUUCAAGUCAAAUGAAGGAAACAGUGGCAAAGGAUUUCAGGUCCCUUAUGUGACUUACGAUG